UGCUUCUCUUUUUCUCUCUACUUUGGUGGCAGUACUGUAUUUCAAGAUUGUCUCUUUCUUUGCUUAAACCCCCAAUACCUGCAAAAACUCCAUUUGGGGACUUCCUCCAUUAAACUUCAAUUCCAUAUUACGGUUAUAUUUCCAAGAUUAUAAAAGAUUUUAUUAAUGAAGAAAGUAGACCCCAAGAAGGCCGCCACUCAAAAGAUUUUUGGAACUGUUAUCAAUGAAGAUGAUGCCUCCCACCUGGUGGGCGGCAUAGUUGAAAAGGGGUUUUCAGAACAACCAUUAAAACCACCUACAAGUUGGUCUUCUGCACCUCGCCCUACUGUUCUUCCUUUUCCCGUGGCCCGUCAUCGCGCUCAUGGUCCACAUUGGACCCCAAAUGUUGGAAUCGUUCGUGGUUACAGCGAUCAUGAAGAGAAUGAGGAAGAUUUCACUGGAAUGGACCAAAUUGGAGCUUUUGCUAAGCCCAUGGAAAGAAAAGAGAAUAAAAGGCUGGAUUUUAGUCGGUGGCGGGAGAUAGUGGCUAGUGAUAAUAGUUCUGUACCAUACAAGAGGGAAGAAAGUGCUCGCAAGUUGAAGUCAACAUCAAAAGAGCAAAAGGCUGUUGCAGAAGUAUCUCGAAACAAAAGCAACUCAAAUGAACAUACUCCAGAUAAAUAUGGAAAGGGUGCUAUAUUAUCUGUAGAAGAUGGUGCAAAAUCUCAGGAUGUCAGCAGGGAGGAUGAACAUAUGGUUCAAGAGCAAGAGGAAGACAUGACCAUGGACAUCGAUCAGGGAGGCAUGGAACAGAUCGCUAACCAUUCUGUCUUACCGGAGCAGAGUUGUGGAAAUGGUAUCACUCAGCAGGAGGAAGAAAUAAUGGAGGAUAUGCAUCCUACCUUACAGGUUAACGCACAGAAACGUAACAUUUCUGCAAACAAUACUGAUGUUAGCUUUGACUCCCAGGAAGUGGAAGGAAGGCAGAAUGCCAGCAGUCUUGAGAGUCAAAUUGAUGCUGAGAAUCAAGCUCAAUUAGCAAGAAUGUCAGCUGAUGAAAUUGCUGAAGCGCAGGCUGAAUUAAUGAAAAAACUUAGUCCAGCAAUGUUGGCAGCACUGAAGAGGAAAGGCCAAGAGAAGUUGAAAAGAGGAAAAUCUAGUAAAUCUGGUUCUCAUCACAAUAGCGAAAAGCGUAAUUUGUUGGAUGAGAUGAAGAAUGCAGCCUCACAAGGCACACUGAAAAAUGUAAAAGACGAUACUCCAAAGUUGAGUGCAAGCACCAGAGUAUGGGAUGAUUGGAGUAAAAGAGUUGAGAGUGUCCGAGAAUUAAGAUUUUCUUUGGAUGGCAAUAUUGUGAAGAGUGAAUUUGAUGUCCCAAAGAGUGGUAGUACAUCAGCUUAUGCUGAGCAAAAUCUUUCCGAGCGUGACUAUCUACGAACUGAAGGUGAUCCUGGCGCGACUGGUUACACCAUCAAAGAAGCAGUUGCUCUCGCAAGAAGUAUGGUACCUGGACAACGGACAUUUGCGUUCCAUCUUAUUGCAUCUGUGCUUGAUAGAGCAAUGCACAAUAUUCAGCAGAAUCAUCUGGGGUGUAUCUUAAGAUCUCAGGACAGAGAUGAAUUUGCUGACUGGGAGGCCAUUUGGGCUUUUACACUAGGACCAGAACCCGAGCUUGCUCUAUUAUUGAGGAUGUAUCUGGAUGACAACCACAAUUCUGUAGUUCUGGCGUGUGCUAGAGCCAUUCAGUGUGCUCUUACCGUUGAGAUCAACGAGGAGCUUUUUGAAAUUGUGGAGAGGAUACCAACUCUUCAGAGGGAGGCACCUACUGCUCCUGUCUUUAGAAGUCGACCAGAGAUCGAAGAUGGUUUUCUCCAUGGUGGUUUCUGGAAAUACAAUGCAAAACCUUCCAAUAUUCUUCCUUUUACCCUGGAUUAUCUGGACAAUGACGAAAGUGGACACACUAUUCAGGAUGAUGUUGUUGUUGCUGGCCAAGAUAUAGCUGCAGGAUUUAUUAGGAUGGGGAUCCUUCAAAGGAUUCAAUAUCUCUUGGAGUCUGAACCUUCAGCAGCUUUGGAAGAAUGCCUGAUUUCCAUAUUAAUUGCGAUAGCUAGGCAUUCGCCAACAUGUGCAACUGCAGUUAUGAAGUGUCAACAGUUGGUUCAAACAAUCAUCAACAGAUUCACUAGUAAAGAGCAAAUGGAGAUUAGUACCUCAAAGAUCAAGUCAGUUACACUCCUGAAACUUUUGGCUCGAUUUGACAAGAAGAACUGCCUAGAAUUUAUCAAGACUGGAAUAGUUCAAAAGACGAUAUGGCACUUGUAUCGGUAUACCUCUUUUGACCAAUGGGUAAAGUCUGGAAAAGAGGCUUGUAAGCUUUCAUCAGCGCUUCUGGUUGAACAGUUACGGUUGUGGAAGGUCUGUGUGCAACAUGGAUACUGUGUGUCAUACUUUGAUGAUAUAUUCCCUGCCUUAUGCAUUUGGUUGAAUGUGCCUGCAUUUGGAAAGCUGAUUGAGAACAGUGUCCUCAGCGAAUAUACCGCCAUUGCCAAGGAAGCAUACCUUGUACUGGGUGCUUUAACUAGAAGACUGCCAACUUUUUAUUCCCACAUGCAACAUUUGGAUGGGGGUACUACAAAACAAGCAGAGAGCUGGUGUUGGGCCCAGGUUGGUCCUAUGAUUGAUUCCGCCCUAGAGUCUAUUAGGAUAAAGGAUAUACCACUCCUAUCUUGUCUAUUUGAGGGGGGAAAUGAGGAGAAAUUGAAUGGUGAUAUGCAGGACUCAGCAGUUCCUCCUUUGCUGUGGUUGAUAUCUUCAAUUAUGGACAUGCUUUCUGCCGUGCUUGAAGCUGUAAUCCCAGAAGAUAAUGCAGAGUUGUGCCAUGUGACUCUUCCAUGGCUGCCAGACUUUGUCCCUAAGAUUGGACUAGCAAUUUUGAAAAAUGGACUUAUGAGUUUUUCAAGCAUUAGUGCAAGCCAUGAUGGUGCUGCUGGCAGCAGUUCGUUCCUUGAGAGUUUGUGUUAUUUGAGAAAAAUAAACCAACAAGAAACAUCAAUAGCAUCCGAUAGUUGCCUUCAGGGAUUGUUGCAAGUUGCUUGGUGUGUUGAUAAGCUGAUCUCACUUGUUAACAAUGAGCCUCGGAAUCCAUUGCAAUACCAGGGUUUCACAAGAGAGGAAAAAACUCUUGCUGCUGGAAUUCUCCACUCCUCUCUUCCUGAGUUAAGAGCUUUGAUGACAAGUGUAAUGGAAUCAAACGAUUCUGAAUGGCGUCAUAUGCAAUCAAUUGAGACGUUUGGUAGAGGUGGUCCAGCACCAGGAAUUGGUGUAGGCUGGGGUGCCCCUGGUGGGGGAUUUUGGUCUAAAAAUAUUUUAUCAGCUCAACUAGCUGCACGAUUAUUCAUUUACUUGCUUGAUGUUUUUCCCAUCGUAUCUGUCAAAGAUCAGUUUACAACUGAAGGGAUGAACUCUAUAAUACAAAAAAUAAAUUCUGUCAUGGGAGCGUGUUUAUUACUGGGGCCAAUGGAUAGUUCUGCUGUAGAUAAGCUGCUUGAUUUCUUGUUUCAAGUUCCCACUCUAAAGUACAUUGAUUUCAGUAUCCGCCAAUUUCUUAAUCUUAAUCAGGGUUUUCAGUCUUUUGAGUGGGUAUAUCAAGAAGAGGACUAUAUACUGGUGAGUGAUGUCUUAGCUUCUCACUUUAAGAAGAAAUGGUUGUCUGCAAAACAGAAGCGUAAAUCUGCUGCUGGAAAUGAGCAAGUAUUCCAUAAGAACUCUAAAAAAAGAAGUGUCUUAUUGGACACCAUUCCUGAGGAAAAUUCUGAAUCAAACCCCGCCAGCCAAGAGCCUAAAUGUUUGGUGGCUGAGUGGGCUCACCAAAGAUUGCCUCUUCCCUUGCAUUGGUUUCUCAGUCCACUCUCAGUGCUUUGUUCUACCAGUCAUGAGUCUCUGGAUUUUCUUAAAGUUGCAAAAGGUGGACUCUUCUUUCUCUUGGGGAUUGAACUAAUGUCAACAUUCCUUCCUGCUGAGUUGCAAACACCAGUUCGAAAUGUGCCUAUAGUAUGGAAAUUGCAUGCAUUGUCUGCGACUUUACUUUCUGGAAUGGGCAUUUUUGAGGACAAUAGCAGGGAUCUCUACAAAGCUUUGCAAGAUGUCUAUGGACAGCUUCUUGAUAGGGAAGAAAAAGUUGAGGCAAAGAACCUGAAAUUUAAGACGGUUAUACAUGAGAACUACUCCACAUUCAUUGACAAUCUAGUAGAGCAAUUUGCUGCUGUUUCUUAUGGUGACAUGAUAUUUGGUCGUCAAGUAGGAGUCUAUCUGCAUCAAUUUGUUGAAGCUCCUGUGAGGCUUCCUGCUUGGAAUGCACUGUCUAAUGCCUGUGCUCUCGAGCUUUUGCCUCCUUUGGAGAAGUGCAUUGCUGCAACUUAUGGAUAUCUUGAACCUGUUGAGGAUGAUGAGAAGAUGUUGGAAGCUUACUGUAAAUCAUGGGUUUCAGGAGCUCUAGACAAAGCAGCACGUCGAGGAUCUGCUUCGUUCACUUUGGCCUUGCACCAUCUAUCAUCAUUUAUUUUCCAGACUUGCUCUGGGAAUAUGAUUCCUUUGCGAAACAAGCUUGUCAAAUCUCUGCUACGAGACUACUCCCGUAAGAAGCAACAUGAGGUCCUUUUUAUUAACUUACUCGAGUACCAAAGGCCGGAUACCAGAUCUGAGCCCUUCCAGAAGGAAUGUAUGCCGCUUCAAAGCUGUGAUAUGGUAAAUAGAUUACAGAUUUUGAAAGAAGCAUGUGAAGGAAGUUCCUCAUUGUUGAAUGAGGUUGAGAAGCUCAACUCUGUGAUUACUAGGAAACAACAUGCGGACAGCUAAAGUUUUCUACAUGGUGGGAUCUUGUAUAUAUGAACUCAUUUGAUUUAUUACAUCACAAAAGGAAGUUCUGUACAUCAACUUAUCUCACUCUGCUGUUAAAGUCUCGUUUAAGGUGCAUUUAAGCCCUGGUAAAUUCCAGGUUGAGCGUUUUUGCCUCUCUUUA